UUUUCAAGGCAGGCAGCGGCACCACUGAGCUAAAUCCCUGGCCCUGAUACUUGUACUUUUGAAGUAUGGGCAUGUGCCGGCAAUGACAGCUAAGUCAGCAUGGCAGCCAGGCAGCCAGCAAACAACUAUGCCAUGUAACCUGACUUCAGAGAUGUUACAUGUGAAAAACAGAGCCUCAGAACAGGGCAGGUGUAACUGCCACAGCUGGACGACUCACCCUGACCCCGACAUGGAGGGGGGCCAGGGGCACACACUUGAAGACUUCCUGAGAGGGAGCCUGGCCACCUGGGCGCUGGGACUGGCUGAGCUAGUGGGGGAAGCGGAGGAGCCUUUGAGGACGGAGGAGGAGGAAGAGGAAGAGGGAGUUCUCAGUCUGGAGAAGAGGUUCCUGUGGCUCAGCGAUGGGGCCCUGCUCCUCCGGGUGCUGGGUAUCAUUGCCCCCAUUUCCCGAUGGGCACACAGGAUGGCCAGCAGCCACGAUGGACCUGAGGCCUGUAGGGUGUGGAACCUGAGCCAGCUGUGGAUCCGACUCAGGGAAUUCUACCAGGAGGAGCUGCAGUUGCUGGUCUUGUUGCCACCCCCAGACCUCCAGAUACUGGGGUUUGACCCCCUUUCAGGGGAGGCAAUGGAGGGGCUGGGAGGCUUGCUUCGGCUGCUGCUGGGGGCAUCGGUGCAGUGUGAGCACCGGGAACUCUUCAUCCGCCAUAUCCAGGGGCUGAGCCUUGAAGUUCAGAGCGAGCUGGCUGCUGCCAUCCAGGAGGUGACCCAGCCUGGGGCUGGUGUAGUGCUGACACUGGCUGGACCAGAGCCUGGGGAGCUGGCGCCUUUGGAGUUGGAGAUGUUGUCCCGGAGCCUAAUGGGGACACUAUCCAGGCUGGCCAGGGAGAGGGACCUGGGGACUCAGAGACUGGCAGACCUGCUGCUGCAGCGAGAGCAGGUUCCCUUGCUGUCUGAGGCUCCUGGCAGGGCUCCCGCAGAGGGUCCUUCACACCACCUGGCGCUGCAGCUGGCCAAUGCCAAGGCCCAGCUGCGGCGCCUGAGGCAGGAGCUGGAGGAGAAGGCCGAGUUGCUGCUGGACUCUCAGGCCGAGGUGCAGGGCCUGGAGGCCGAAAUUCGAAGGCUUCGCCAAGAGGCUCAGGGGCUGUCCGGACAGGCCAAGCGGGCCGAGCUGUACCGCGAAGAGGUGGAGGCUCUGCGGCAGCGGACGGGACGCUUGUCCCGACUGCAGGAGGAUCUGGGGCGCUGUCGCCAACGGCUUCAGGCUGCAGAGGCUUGCAAGAGCCAGCUAGAGGAGGAACGCGCGCUCUCAGGAGCCCUGGAGGCCUCGAAGGCGCUGCUGGAAGAGCAGCUGGAGGCUGCCCGAGAGCGCUGUGCUCGACUACAUGAGACCCAGCGUGAGAACUUGCUGCUACGCACACGGUUGGGCGAGGCUCAUGCGGAGCUGGACUCUCUUCGGCAUCAGGUGAACCAGCUGGCAGAAGAGAACGUGGAGCUGGAGCUGGAGCUCUGCCGGAGUCUGGAGCCACCCCCAGACUCCCCUGCAGAGGCACCUCUGCCCAGAACAGCCCCCUCGCUGCAGGAUGAGGUGAGGGAGGCAGAGGCAGGGCAGCUGCGAACCCUGGAGCGGGAGAAUCAGGAGCUUCGAGCCCUGCUUCAGGUGUUGCAGAGGCAGCGAGGUGGCCAGCUCCCCCUGCUGGAGGAGCAGAGCAGGGAGUCAGUGCUUCUGGUACUGGAUGGCACUUCCCGGACACCCUUGGCUUCUGACCUCAACCCCCAGGGCUUCUUUUGCCAGGUGGGGGAUCAAGACCCCCAGCAGGCUCACCCUGCAUCAGACUCAGGCCUGGAGGGAUCAGCUGAGAAUACCCAGGCAUCUGACUCACACCGAGCAGUGACAGAGAGGCCUUUCCAGGCAGCUGCUCCAGCCUCCCAGACCUCACACUUGACUCCCCAAGAGUCACAUGCUGGCGUGGAGGCACAGAGGUCCCUGGAGAAGCCUACCUCUGGAGCCCCUCUCCAGUCACCCAUUUCUCUAGCCCCAUAUCAGGGUCCAGAGAUCAAAAUUGAGAAGCAGCAGUUGCUGGAAGGAGAGACUGGGGAGAUGCAGCCUCCUCAAAAGGAGUUGAUGCCUGAAGCCCAGGGUCUGAGAAAGGAACAUCCUGAGCACAAGCAAGGCUCCUCAGAGCUCAGCCUCUGUGUGCUGCUGGAGAAGGAGACUGUGGGUCAGCCACUGGAUGAGUCCACCAAAUGGACAGAAGCCCAAGGGCAUGAAUGGAGGCUGGAGAGAAUGGUUGGAGGACCAGCCCCUCCCUUACCAGAGCAGACCUCUAAAGAUGCUCCUGAUGCCAGGGCCUGGGAAGGGCCGAUCUCAGAGGAAGCCCUGGGUAGUGGUGUCUCAGAGCAGGAUGCCCUCAGGGAGGAGUUAGCACUGCUAAGGACAGAGGCUGUGGCUCUGGAGGCUGAGCUGGAGGCCCAGGCCCGAAGGCUGGAGGCCCGAGGUGCAGAGGUGGCCCGGCUCUCUGAGGAGCUGUCCCACGCAUGUAGGGCAGAGGCUGAGGCCCAUCGGGAGGUGGAGGCCCAGGUCCAGGAGCAGGCCCGGCUGCAGGAAGCUGUGGAGGCAGCUGGCCGGGAGCUGGAGGCUUUGUCACGGGAGCGAGAGGCACUGGCAGAGGCGCUGGCAGCAGCAGGUCGAGAGCGGAGGCAGUGGGAACGCGAGGGGCCCAGGCUGCGGGCUCGGGCCGAGGCUGCUGAGGAACGGGUACAGGCACUGGAGAGCCAGGGCCAAGACCGCCUGGAGGAGGCUGAGCGGGAGCGCCAGGAGAAGCAGGCCCUCAGCGAGGAGCUAGAGAAGGCCAUGCUACGGGGCCAGGAGCUGGGGUCCCGCCUGGAGCACCUGCAGCAGGACCUGGAGCAGGCGGCCCAAGAGCGCCAGAAGUUUCUUCGGGAACAAGAGAACCAGCAGCAGAGGUACCAGGGCCUGGAGCAGCGGCUAGAGGCUGAGCUGCAGGCUGCAGCCACCAGCAAGGAGGAAGCGCUGAUGGAGCUCAAGAGCAGGGCACUGAAGCUGGAAGAGGAGCUGCUCCAGCUGCGCCAGGGCCCUGUGGGGCUUGCUUCCGAGGGGCACUCUGAGUCACAGAUUGCAGCGGCCCAGGGCAGCCGGCUCAUUGAGGUGGAGCGCAGUAAUGCAACGUUGGUGGCUGAGAAGGCGGCUCUGCAGGGACAGCUGCAGCACCUGGAGGGGAAGCUGGGGAGCCUACAGGACCGGGCCCAGGAGCUGCUGCUGCAGAGUCAGCGGGCACAGGAGCACAGUAGCCACCUACAGGCUGAGAAGUCUGUGCUGGAGCUGCAAGGCCAGGAGCUGCACCAGAAGCUGGGGGUGCUGGAGGCAGAGGUUCGUGCAGCACGGCAGGCCCACGAGGAGGCGAGAGGGCAGCAACAGGCCCUGCUGCGGGACCACCAGGCCUUGGUGCAGCUGCAGCGACGGCAGGAGGCCGAGCUGGAGCGACUGCUGGGCCGGCACCGUGACCUCAAGGCCAAGAUGCGGACGCUGGAGCUGGCCCACCGGGAGCUGCAGGGCCGGCAUGACCAGCUGCAGGCCCAAAGGGCAAAUGUGGAGGCACAGGAGGUGGCUCUGUUGGCAGAGCGUGAGCGCCUGAUGCAGGAUGGACACCGGCAGUGGGGCAUGGAGGAAGAGCUUCGGAGGCUGCAGAGUGAACACGACAGAGCUCAAGUGCUGCUGGCGGAGGUAUCUCGGGAGCGCGGGGAGCUGCAGGGUGAACGUGGGGAGCUGAAAGGGCGGCUGGCGAGGCUGGAGCUGGAGAGGGCACAGCUCGAGGUACAGAGCCAGCAGCUGCGCGAGUCUAACCAGCAGCUGGACCUGAGCGCCUGCCGGCUGGCCACACAAUGCGAGCUGCUGACAGAGCUGCGGAGUGCCCAGGAGGAGGAGAACCGGCAGCUGCUGGCUAAGGUGCAGGCCCUGAGCCGGGAGAACAGGGAGCUGUUGGAGCGCAGUCUGGAGAGCCGGGACCACCUGCAUCGGGAGCAGCGCGAGUACCUAGACCAGCUUAAUGCUCUUCGCCGUGAGAAGCAGAAGCUAGUAGAGAAGAUCAUGGACCAGUACCGAGUGCUGGAGCCUGGGCCCCUGCCCCGGACCAAGAAGGGCAGCUGGCUGGCAGACAAGGUGAAGAGGCUGAUGCGGCCCCGGCGGGAGGGGGGCCCCCACGGGGGGCCACGCCUGGGGGCCGAUGGGGCUGGCAGCACCGAGAGCCUGGGGGGCCCCCCAGAGAUGGGGGGCCCCCCAGAGACGGAGCUCCCCGAGGGCAGGGAGGCAGAUGGGACAGGGGUCCCUUCACCAGCACCCAUGCGCCGGGCCCAGAGCUCCCUCUGCCUUCGAGAGACCCUGGCUGGCAGUGGGCAGCGACGGAAACUCAGUUCCCGGCUUCCCACGGGGCGAAGCUCAGAGUCAUUUAGCCCAGGGGAUACCCCCCGGCAGAGAUUCCGCCAGCGCCGUCCAGGCCCCCUGGGAGCACCUAGCACCCACAGCAAAGGGUCUGCUUUGUGCCCAUCAGGUGUGGAAUGGGACGGCUCCGCUGAGACCCUCCAGGAACAUGAAGCAGAUGCCAACAGAGAGAGCCUCAAGGAGCAGGAACCGGAGAAACAUCCCCUCGCCACAUCCCUCAGCCAGUGACACAGUGGGGACACGGAGCUUGGGAGUGCAGCCCUCUCGACACUGGAGCAUUAGUGGAAGCCCCAGGCAGCUCAAGAACUCGGGGGACCAGGGCACCCAGGGAGAAUCCUUGGACAAAAAGGCCUGGGUUCCCAGGUCCUCCACUGCCCACUCUGGGGUCCUUGGAUGGAGUUUGGAUCAAUUCGUGG